CAGCUCACAACAGCAGACAUGGGGAUUGCAACACGUAAAUGACAUCAAGACUGUCGGGACUUGACUGAACAGUCCACUAAUGCAGGGAGUAUGUGACCCUUGUGCGCUUUGCUCAAUUGCAUUAAUGUGGCAUCCACAACCACGAACAAUGCUGUUAGUUUUCUGGAUCUUUUAGCUAGGGAUCUAUGUUGUGAUUUACUGACACCAGUUAAAGCCAGCUAGUCUGCACUAUCAUCAGUCUGAAGAAGGGUCCCAUUCUGAAAUGUUGUCCGUCUAUUCCAGAUGAUGCCUGACCCGCUGAAUUCCUCCAGUAUUUUGUGUUUUACUACAUGAUGCUACUUACAGUGAGGUCAGAGCAGGAGAAAGAAGGAUUUCCGCAAAUGAAGCUGGCCUGGGAAAUUGCAGAAUGGAAUAUGGGAAGAUCGGCCUUUGAAGUUUUUGAACAUUAUGCUGGAGGCCUCAUGUAAAGGAGUGACAUAAUGGAGAAAUAUUCUGUACCCACAAGUGAUCAAAUGGAUGCCAUAAUUCUCACUCAAUGUCUCAAUACAUUGGUAGUUAUAAUGUCACUGUAAACGCAUCAUAUGAUGGUUUUGACACAGUAUCCUUUUCGCCCAAAGGAUGUUCCACAAGUGCUUGUGGAGGGUUGGUGAAACUUCAGGAUUUAUAUAUGGAUGGAAACUUGGGCUGUGCUGUCGUGGGUCUCACGUGUACCUAUGCGACCUUUCAAAUUGUCUCGCUGGAUCAUUUUUUGGAUAUCCCCAUGAUAUCCGCGGGAAGCUUUGGGUUAUCUUGCGACAAAAAACCCAACUUGACCAGGAUCCUCCCCACAGCUAGGAAAAUCUCCAGCUUCUUCAUAUCGCUCUGGAAUGACAAGGACAUUGUGAAAAAAUAUAAGUGGGACUCAACUUACAUCUACAAAAAAAAUGAAACCUCGGAAUCCUGUUUCUGGUUCAUUAAUGCCUUGGAGGCUGGCUCAGCUGAUUUCUCCUUGGGUUUAGAAGUGAAGGAAAUCAUCCGGGACUCAGUAAAAUUUAAGACGAUAGUGAAUGACCCAAACAGAAAGAGUAAUGUGAUCAUUUUGUGUGGGACAAUCGAUGAUGUUGAGACAUUAGUUGAUGGUGUGACGAUGGAUAAAGAUAUUGUCAUCAUUCUGCUGAACCUGUUCAACCACACCAACGGAACGUCAAUGAACUACAUGAAACAAGUACUAGUGGUGACCCUGAUGUCCACAGAUCACAAGAUGCCUCCAGAUAAUAACCAGACUUCACAAGGGGGGCAUAACAUUUCACCGGAGAAUAACGACUACCUGAGCGGGUACUCGGAAGCUGUAAAACUCUUUGGGUCUGUUCUCAAUGAUUUUCUGACCAGGAAUCAGACCCCCACCCGGGACAACUUCCGGCAAAGUUUUCGUAAUACCUCUUUCACAGGACUUGAUGACAACCAAGUUUACCUGGAUGAAUAUGGAGACCGAGACUUUAACCUGACUGUUCUGUACGCUUCAACCAAGACCACAACAUACGAGACAUGGUUCAUCUUUGACACCCAGAAUAACCAAACAAAUGUCUUUGAACUGGAGCCUGAUUUUGCCUGGAUGGAUGGACUGCCUAGCAGUAAGCCGCUAUCCACCUCAGAUAAUGGCAUGUUGGAGUACGCAGUGAUCGGUCUGACAAUCACCGUUGUGGUGGUGACACUGAUCGCAAUGGUUGUACUGCGGAAGUACAGAAUGGAACGGAAAAUCCGUCUGAAGAAAUGGUCGCACAUUUCGAGCGAUCGGAUCGUUCCGUUGGAAGUAGCCGAACACAGCUACAUCAACCUGAAGAUUGAAGAAGAUAAGAGAAAAGAUAACUUUGUGCCGAUAUUGAGAGCAAAAUAUGACAAAAAGAUUGUUAUUUUGAAGGAACUGAAGCACAAAGAUGGCAACUUUACUGUGAAGCAAAAAAUUGAACUUAACAAGUUGCUCCAAAUCGAUUACUAUAAUUUAAUCAAGUUCUAUGGGACGGUGAAGAUCGAUAUGGAGAUAUUCAAGGUGAUUGAGUACUGUGAGCGAGGAUCACUGAGGGAUGUUUUGAAUGAUACAAUAUCAUAUCCCGAUGGGACUUUUAUGGAUUUGGAGUUCAAGGUAUCGGUCAUGUAUGACAUUGCAAAGGGUAUGUCAUAUCUACAUUCAAGCCACCUAGAAGUGCAUGGGAAUCUAAAAUCGACGAAUUGCGUGGUGGACAGUCGGAUGGUUGUGAAAAUUACUGACUUUGGGUGUAAUACCAUUGUUAUGCCACAGAAAGGUCUGUGGACAGCCCCCGAACACCUGCGGAAGGAGGGAGUAUCUCAGAAAGGUGACACGUACAGUUAUGGAAUCAUAGGUCAGGAGAUCAUCCUUCGAAAGGAUACCUUCCAUACUCGAGCAUGUAGCAAUCCAGCAGAGAAAUUGAAGAGGGUGAUUAUGGCAAAUGAAUCUGUUCCACUUCGACCCAGUCUUCCCCUGGAGACGGCCACGGACAGAGAACUGGAGGUGUAUGGGCUGAUCAAGAACUGCUGGGACGAAGAUCCAGAAAAAAGACCAGACUUCAAGAAAAUUGAGGCCACACUGGUCAAAAUAUUCAGCACAUUCCACAGUGAGACCAACAAGAGCUACAUGGACACGCUGAUCCGUCGGCUUCAGAUGUACUCAAAGAACCUGGAGCACCUGGUGGAAGAGAGAACAUUCCUGUACAAAGCUGAACGCGACAGGGCAGAUGAGCUGAACUACAUGCUACUUCCUAAGCCUGUGGUGAUAUCACUGAAAACAACUGGCUGUGUGGAGUCCGAGCUUUUUGAAGAAGUGACCAUCUACUUCAGUGACAUUGUGGGGUUUACCACCAUCUGUAAGUUCAGCACUCCCAUGGAAGUGGUCGUCAUGCUAAACGACAUGUACAAGAACUUUGAUCAGAUCCUGGACAAUCACGAUGUCUACAAGGUGGAAACCAUUGGAGAUGCCUACAUGGUGGCAUCAGGUUUGCCAAAGCGGAAUGGAAACAGACAUGCGGUGGACAUCACCCGGAUGGCUCUGGACAUUUUAAACUUCAUGGGGUCAUUUGAGCUGGCUCACCUGCCCAGCCUCCCGAUAUGGAUCAGGAUAGGUAUUCACUCAGGUCCUUGUGCUGCGGGUGUGGUGGGGACCAAGAUGCCACGAUAUUGCCUAUUUGGGGAUGUGGUCAACACAGCUUCACGUAUGGAGUCCACAGGGUUACCACUAAGAAUUCAUGUUAACCAGUCAACGAUCAAUAUAUUGAAAAGGACAAAGUGUAAAUUUGAAUAUGAGAUGCGAGGGGAAACCUUUCUAAAGGGAAGAGGAACUGAAGUCACCUACUGGCUCACGGGAGAAACGGACCGCAACUUCACACUGCCCGCACCCCCCUCGGCGGAGAACUUGCAGCGACUUCAGGCCGACUUUGCUGAGAUGAUUAUUGAGUCCCUUGAGAAGCGGAGGGCAUCCGAGUGCAAGACAGUGACCAAAGAAGAACUUGAAUACCUGCAGCUUGGCUCCUCAGAGUUACUCAGCACAUACCUGUAGCCGUGAGGACCACUGUUGUGUGGAGAUGUCUGGAUACAGUCCUGUAUGGAUGCACAAUGCUUCAAAUGUUCACUUUGAAGCAUUAUUGAAGCUUUGAAGAAAUAUGUCAACCUAUUGCUGCUGAAUAUUUAUGCUUUUCAGAGUCAUUGCCGGGGCAGGUGUUAUCUUUCUGACUUUAGUAUUGGGUUCCCUCAGUUCCAGUGUAGUAGAGGCCGGCUGCAUAGUAAAUCUUGUUUCUAUCUGGUCUAUUAAUGAGCUGAGAUGUACCAAGAUGUAGUCACAGUGUGUAUUUCGAAACAUUUCGACCCGGAACGUCACCUGUUCCUUCUCUCCAGAGAUGCUGCCUGUCCCGUUGAGUAACUCCAGCAUUUUGUGCCUAUCUUCUUGUGUGUAUUUCUCUCUCUGCUCAAUGUCAGCUGAAACCACCUGGCGAUUCUUUCACCACUGAGUCGAAAGGUCUGAAGUAAAGAGAAACGGACUGACCUUUUCCACAAUCCUGAGAGAUAACGUCAGAGGUACUGUGUUACAAAUAAGACGUUGAACAGAGGCCCAUGCCUGAUUACUCAGACAGAAGGAUCCUGUGCUGUAAAGACGUGCAGAGGAAUUCCCCCAAUACCCUGGGCAAUAUUCUUGACGUGCUUCAUAGAUAGCGGAAAGGCCUUGAGCUGUCCUAAGAUGAGAGAUUCUGGACAACCCCAGGAACUGUGUCUGUGGAAUUCUCCGCCUCAGAAGGUGAUGGAGGCUGGUUCUUUGGAUGCUCUCAAGAGAGAGCUAGAUAGAGCUCUUAAAAAUAGCGGAGUCAGGUGAUAUGGGGAGAAGGCAGGAACGGGGUACUGAUUGGGGAUGAUCAGCCAUGAUCACAUUGAAUGGCGGUGCUGGCUCGAAGGGCCAUUUGGCCUACUCCUGCACCUGUUGUCUAUUGAACCUGGAUAAGCACUAAUGCUGCAAAAUCCUCUGGGGUCCAAUGAUCAUUAACCUCUCCACAGCUCUCUCACCUGAAUGCUUUGGCUGACAAUUCAAACAAAGUGAAAAUGUGACAAUAUUUGGGGGAGUGAUAUUUGUCACUAUUAAAUAGCUUACUGAAGGAAACAGUGUGCAGAACAUGUGAAUAAGAUUGGGGGAAAAAGUUGUAGCGGGUGGGUUUUGGAAAGAGUUUUGCCAAGAGUUUGAAGAGGCUAGAUCGCUCAUUGGAAGUCUCAAAACUCAAUGGAAGUCUUGGGAUAAAUGCAAAGUUUUGUAGGAAAUAUAUGUGUAAUUAUUGUCAAAUGUUGUUUGUUGGCAGUGUAUGAUUAAUUCAUACGAGUGUUAAUAAAUGCUUUCAAUGUGAUUAUUUGGAGGUGUAACUUGUAAACUGCAACAAAGAUUUGGUUUGAAUACUACCUUUAACAGAGUAAAAUGUCCAAGAUGCUUCACAGGCAAGAUUUCAAAUACUUUACACCAAGCCGUGCGGAGAUACGGGGUAGAUGACCAAGAUGUUGGUUGAAGUCAUGUGAGGGGUUAAGUUCGGGAAGUGGUUUUAAGCUCACAUAUUCACAUAUACCACCAGCGUUUGGAACAUGAUAGUUGGGUUUCACCCUUCAUGACAAUUAUCUUACCCAUGGACAGAGUUCCGCUUGUUCCUUUGGGCCAUUCCAAUGAAACUACCGACUCUAAUUUCUCUUCCUGGUCCCAUGUUUGGUGAUAGUACCAACCCCGAGUAUAUAAACCAAACAUAUAUACCAAACAUAUAAGAUUGUUAAGGGCUUGGACACACUAGAGGCAGGAAAUAUGUUCCCAAUGUUGGGGGAGUCCAGAACCAGGGGCCACAGUUUAAGAAUAAGGAGUAAGCCAUUUAGAACGGAGACGAGGAAACACUUUUUCUCACAGAGAGUGGCGAGUGUGGAAUUCUCUGCCGCAGAGGGCGGUGGAGGCAUGUUCUCUGGAUGCUUUCAAGACAGAGCUAGAUAGGGCUCUUAAAAAUAGCAGAGUCAGGGGAUAUGGGGGGAAGGCAGGAACGGGGUACUGAUUGGGGAUGAUCAGCCAUGAUCACAUUGAAUGGCGGUGCUGGCUCGAAGGGUCAAAUGGCCUACUCCUGCACCUAUUGUCUAUUGAGUCUUGACCUCCUCAAAGACUGAGUCCUUUUUUCAAAUCUCUUCCCAUCAGUCCACUCAAAAACAACUUGCCUUUCUGUCAUUGUUGCAGAUCAUCAUUUCAUUCCUUUCCUACCCCAUUGGACUCGCAGUCUUUCAAAUUUGGCACUGUCUUUCCUAGAAUUCUUUAAAACUCAUCAGGAGGAUGAAUCAAUGCAAAAUGUCUGGCCCAGUGGCGUAACCGGGCCAAGUGCUGCAGACCUGUGCAGACCAACUGGCUGCCACUUCUGUCAUCUGAUGUUUCCACCUGCUUCAAAAAGGGCAUCAAUUGUACCGGUGCCCAAAAAGGACACGGUGAACUGCAUCCUGUUCUUCGAGAGAUUCACGACGGUGCAAGUCAACUCCUGCCUCAAAAAUGAUCUGGAUCCCCUUCAUUUUGCCUAUUGCCACAACACGACAAAACAGCAGAUGCUAUCUUGCUGGUUAUAGACACAAAAUGCUGGAGUAACACAGCGAGUCAGGCAGCAUCUCUGGAGAAAAGGAAAAGGUGAUGUUUUGGGUUGGAACCUUUCUUCAGUCUCAAAAAAGUCUGAAGAAGGGUCCCAUCCUGAAACAUCGCCUGUUCCUUUUCUCCAGAGAUGCUGCCUGACCUGCUGAGUUAUUUCAUCAUUUUGUGUCCAUCUUUGGUAUAAACCAGCAUCUGCAGUUCCUUCCUACACUAUCUUGUUAGUUCUCUACCCUGCUGUGGGCCAUCUGGAGACAAGACAGGUUGCUGUUCAUUGACUAUCACUGACUUUCAAGAUAUCUCCAAACUCGAGCUGGACCGCCAUACCUCCUGUUGCAACUGGAUCCAAGGCUUCCUCAUCGUCAGAUCUCAAAAUAGAUUAACAUAUCCUAUCAGUGAUUGAAUUUCUACUGUGGCUUCUAUUUGAUAAGGCCUCUUGAUCCAAAAUAAUGGUAGGUGUGAAUCCGGGCUAGAUAAGGGUUCCAUUCCUGAGAACUCUCCGUAAAUCGAUUUUUUGCGCAAGUCAGAAAGGAACAAUUUAAUUGAGGGCCGAUAACAUUAAUAUUUAUCAAGUCGCCUAUCCAUGUCCUCUGCCUCCCUACCCAACCCUCCGAGUUCUACACAAGGUUCCAGCAUUGCAGUUUCCUUGUGCCUCCCUGUACAUUUAUUUAUUAACUUCCCCUGUGCAGUUAUAAACAGAAUCAGAAUAUACCUUGUCCAAUGGCUAGUUUCCAUGGCCUUAAUGUAUAGUUCAGUCUGAAGAAGGGUUUUGGCCCGAAACGUUGCCUAUUUCCUUCGCUCCAUAGAUGCUGCUGCACCCGCUGAGUUUCUCCAGCACUUUUGUCUACCUUCGAUUUUCCAGCAUCUGCAGUUCCUUCUUAAACACAAUGUAUAUUCGUUGUCUCUGCACUGCAUUUCGUUGUCUCUGUACUGUACACUGACAAUGACAAUUAAAGUUGAAUCUGAAUCUGAAUAUUACAUUGUUUGAUAAAGUGCCCAUAAAAGAGAUUAACGUCAGUUUUUAAAGCAAAUCUGUUAAGUAACCUCUUGUGAUAUGACAGUUGACUGAAACAGACAAUGGUGUCAGUAUGAUUACUUAGCGUUAAGGUUUUUUUUAAUAGAUUGGUUCUCUUUUUAAUUAACCAACUGCUUCCCUAUUCCACAACUCUGAAGUUGCUUUCCUACCUAACCUUCCAAACUUGAAAUAUUAUUUAAGCAGUUAUGGGAGAAAUUGUAUUUAGUCAAAUUUCGUAGGUCGAGACUUCCAUAACCUGGGGGACCUUUGUAUCUUAAAAAAAUAACAGAAAACAACACACAAAAAAAUGCAAAUAGUGUGAAUUGUUAAAUGUACAGCCCCAGUGGCCUAAUGGAUAAGGCACUGGCCUCCUAAGCCAGGGAUUGUGGGUUCGAGUCCCAUCUGGGGUGGUGAGUUUUUAAACAAUGUAGUGAUUCAUCUUACGAAGCUGGUUUGGUUCAGAAGGGGCAAGGCAAGGCAACUUUAUUUAUAUAGCACAUUUCAUACACGAGGCAGACUCCAGGUGCUUCACAUAAAAACAUGUCAUACAAUAAAAUGAAAUAAUAAAAUGAAAUAAAAUAGAAGAAUUAAAAGAAAAUAAAAGCAAAAUUAAAAAUGCAUUAUAAAAAGUUAAAAGUGCAAUUUAGUUAAGAUUUAGCUGAAAGCUAAAGUAAACAAAGUUUUCAGUCUUGUUUUAAAAGUGGUCAAAGUUGAGGCAAGUCUUAAAUCUUCAGGAAGUUUAUUCCAGCUAUUUGUUGCAUAGUAACUAAAUCCUGCUUUCCCAUGU